AUGUGCUCCAGAAAGACAUGGAGCGGAGCCCGGCGAAAGUUUCCACCAUCGCGACAAGGGAAAAAAGCUGAAGCUGAGCGACUGGCUCGAACUGCAUGUUCGUCCGCACAUAUCUGCUUGGCCACCGAUCCAUCUAAUCCACACAACGCCGGGAGAGACGCCGAUCGACCAACCGACCGAUCAAGCCACCGGCCUACGAAUCGAUCCGACAGACAGGCCGACCCGACCGCGACUCCCCACCGCAGCCUCUCCGUUCGCUUCGCCAGCCAGCCUUCCAAGGGACCAUCUCGUCCUUCUCCUCCCCCUCCCCCUUCCCCGUCGACGACGACCCGUGGAGCAGCGAUGGAUCACGGACGCGACCCCUGCCCUUGGGUCGUCCUCAACGACUUUGGUGGUGCCUUUUGCAUGGGUGCCAUCGGUGGCACCAUCUGGCACGGCAUCAAGGGCUUCCGCAACUCGCCCUAUGGCGAGCGCCGCAUCGGUGCCAUCACGGCCAUCAAGAUGCGCGCCCCCGUCCUCGGCGGCAACUUUGGUGUCUGGGGCGGUCUUUUUAGCGCCUUCGACUGCAGCGUAAAGGGCAUAAGGCAGAAGGAAGACCCGUACAACGCCAUCAUCGCCGGCUUCUUCACCGGUGGCUCCCUCGCCAUCCGUGGCGGCUACAAGUCGGCCCGCAACGGCGCCAUCGGCUGCGCCGUCCUGCUCGCCGUCAUCGAGGGCGUCGGCAUCGGCUUCUCCAAGAUGCUCGCCGGCAGCACCAAGCUCGAGGUCCCCCAGAUGCCACAGUCUGCCGAGCAGGCCGUGCUGUAG